UGCAACGCGACUUCACCGUCGUUCUCGCCAUGUCAAAUCCAAACGUCAACCCUUGGUGGUAUGUUCUGUGAGUCUGAACCGAUUACAAACGCUGCUGUUUUAGCUGUUUCACUUAACAGCCGUCCCCAUUCCUCAGAGAAGGUCUGUUCUAACAGCUACAUCAUGAUGGAUUAGUCACUUAAUGCUCAGCGAUGUUAUCUACAGUCGCUGUAGGGGCAUACAACAUACUAUCAAGCUACAACUCCGUCAGUUCGCUGUGGAAGAAUGUUGAUAACGCCGGAAAGUUCUCUGUGAUCUUUGGGCACUUCCAGUUCGCACUUGGCGUCGUGCUCAUUGUCGAGGGAGUGUGGAAGUAUCGCAAAAAUCGCCGCAUCGCGCACGAAGCGGUUGAAGAAAGCGUUGAAGCCGCUCCGACGCAGACGGAUGAAGCCGCAAAUCUCAUCGUGCUCGAUGAUGAGAAACAGAUUGUAAGCGCGGAAACGAAUGCGGAGAAGGUGGAGGAGCUGGUGUGAUUGUGGACAUUCUAAUGCCAAGCAUCCCCGUGCACUUGUGCUCAUCUUCGUACGUCUAAGUACAAUAUUUAGCUCAGUACCCGUCACGGUGUCGAACUUCGCUCGACUUCCCACCAGUCUGAUGGUGCGGGUCGCGCCUGUCUAACUGUCUAACCGCACGCGAUUACGUAGAUUGUAAAAC